AUGAAGCGCGAUUUUGGGGAGCUCAACGCAUGGAUGAAAAGUAAGAGGGGAGAGAUGCGGUUUGAAAAUUGGGAAGAAAAAAGGCACCGGUACGACGGAUACUGGCUAAUGAUUCAGUAUAGGCCUCAGCACUACAUGGGAAAGACAGCCUUUAUUACGCCUUGGGGUGUAUAUCAUUAUCGGGUGAUGCCUUUUGGCCUCAAGAAUGCCAGUGCUACUUAUACGAGGGCUAUGAAAACCAUCUUUCAUGAUAUGAUUCAUAAGGAGAUUGAGUUAAAUCCCGCCAAAUGUGCUUUUGGAGUGACAGCUGGUAAGCUGUUGGGAUUUAUAGUCACGAUAAAGGCACAAGCCUUGGCUGAUCACCUUGCGGAAAAUCCAGUUGAUGAAGAGUAUAAACCGCUAAAGAAUAAUUUUCCCGAUGAAGAAGUAGCAUUUGUGGGUGAUAUUUCUGAAGCAUACCGUGGUUGGAAAGUAUUCUUUGAUGGAGCGGCAAACCACCAAGGGAAAUGUAUCGGGGCAGUCUUAGUGUCAGAAUCUGGUCAGCACUAUCUUAUGGCGGCUAAACUCCGAUUUGAUUGCACGAACAACAUGGCAGAAUACGACACUUGCAUCCUUGGUUUGAAGAUGGCCAUCGACAUGAAUGUUCAUGAGCUUCUGGUUAUUGGAGAUUCAAAUUUGCUGAUUCAUCAGGUUCAAAGAGAAUGGGCCGUGAAAAACCCAAAGAUCACACUGUAUGUGCAGUAUAUACAGAAGUUGUGUAAGACAUUUUGCAAGAUUGAAUUCAGACACACUCCUAGGACACAAAAUGAGUUAGCCGAUGCUCUUGCCAGCAUCGCAUCAAUGAUUAAACAUCCAGAUACAAGUUACAUUGAUCCAGUGGAUAUAGAGAUAAAAGAGCAGUUUGUUCAUUGUUCAUAUAUUGAAGUGGAACCAGAUAGUUUACCUUGGUAUUUUGACAUCAAGAAGUAUUUGGAGACCGGAACUUAUCCUGAGAAUGCAACGUUUAAUCAGAAGAAAUCAAUACGUCGUAUGACUAAUAAUUUCUUUCCAAGUGGAGAAAUCCUUUAUAGGAGGACUCCAGACUUAGGUCUUCUCAGAUGCGUUGGCACUAGUGAAUCUGUGAAGCUUAUGGAACAGAUACACGCUGGAGUUUGUGGUACGCAUAUGAAUGGGCUCACCUUGGCGAAGAAGAUCCUCCGAGCCGGUUACUUUUGGAUGACUAUGAAGCAUGAUUGUUACAACUUUGUGCAAAAUUGUCAUAAAUGUCAAGUGCAUGGUGAUUUGAUUCAAGUGCCGCCUCGUGAACUCAAUGCUACGAGUUCGCCUUGGCCUUUCGUAGCUUGGGGCAUGGAUGUCAUUGGUCCAAUAGAGUUCGGAGUACCAGAAUCCAUCAUUACCGAUAAUGGAGCAAAUCUCAACAGUCACUUGAUAAGAGAGAUAUGUGAAUAA